AUGGCUCGUGGCGAUUAUCAAAAUGAUGACGAUGAUUUCAUGGAUCCACCACAGCAUAAUCGGGCAACUGGACGGAGAAAAGAGGGUGAUGAGAAGAAGAAACGUGUUCGCAACAGAGCCUCCCAAGAACGACUGACUACGCUGACUGACAUAUUUACCGAUGAUCAGAAGGGAGCUGCUGCUGAGAUGGGUAUGCAGGCUCUGAUGAACGCCCGGUGCACGAAUCUUGUUAACCCUGUAUGCGACUGGCUUGGUGAGAUUUACGACCCCGCCUCCAGGGAGUUUGUGAUUCCGGGACGUGGAAGACUACCGUUGAACGAGGAAUCCAUGUUCUGCACUUUGGGUGUGCCUCGUGGACAGAUGAAAGUCCCGUAUGAGGCAAUGACGACCCACGGAGAUGUUUUUAAGAUGAAGCUACUCAUGUAUCUCAUCUCAGCUGUUUUCGCGCCGACCACUUCUCUUCGGCCAAGCAACAAAUGCUUCCCCAUCCUGGCAAAACUGAAAGAUGUGAAGAACAUGAACUGGUGUAAGUUCAUAACCGACUUCCUGCACGAUGCAUUCUCAAGCAAGAUGUACCAAAAGGGUUAUCGACUGCAUUUAAUGCUCAUGUACAUCGACUGUCUUGAUCUGUCCACCAUGGAUUUCACUGGGACAGGAGGCCUGCCGCGUACACACAAGUUUGCUGUUUGUGCAUGGACUAUCAACGCUGUCAAGGCUGUGCUUGCCACAGACAGGCUGAUGGCCAAGCAUGCUAUAGACUACAACGUGUUUGGGGGGCCUCAAAACUUUGGAAAGUGGAUGGACGUGCACUCAACUCCGUCUUGCCCUAUUGAGGCGAGGGCACCUGUUGAGCAUCUAAUUGGGCAGUUUGCAUCUGGAAUGACCGCCUUGCUCGGGAAGUUGGUUGAGGGGUGGACGUCUCUUAGUGGCUCUGACAGCGACGCGGUUGCGAGGCAGUUCACUUUGCUUGUCCCCGAACGGACACAUCGGCCAACUGGUUGCCGUGGCCGGUACGACUACAACAGUUCCCAAGAGCUUGCUGACACACAAGAUGAACUAGGUGGAGACGCUGGUAUCAGCAAGGAUGACAACGAUGACACAGAGAACGCGGAAGAGGAAACUGAUGAUGAUGAAGAUGCUGAAGUUCGUGCAGGUGCUAACAAGGGGAAGGAUGCACCAUAUGUCCCCCCACCGGAGAAAGUCAGAGGACAUACGGCUGCAAGAGGCAAGGGGGUGUUGCCAUCAAAGAGGGGGAGGGCUCCAGAGGAUGUUGGGCAGGGUUCUCCUGGGUGA